GUCCAAGGCAAGGCCGCUGGCGCACGCAAGACGACUAACUGGCGCUGGCGCACGCAAGACGACUAACUGGCGCGAGUUGGCGGGAGCCGCGCGAGCGACUGGCGCUACGUGCGCGGUGUUUUGAUUCGAAACGAAUUCUCUCGAUCAGUGGGGGACGAGAGCGCGACGGAGCGAAUUUGCAGAGGAGAGAGGCGGCAAAGAGAGAGAGUGUGCGGUGUGGCGCUGCUCACAGGUAGGCAGGCAGGCAGGCAGGCAGGCAGGCAGGCAGGCAGCGAGGUAUAAAGGCUGGCUGGCUGGCUCUGCCAAGCGCAGUCAAGUUGAGCAGAAACAGAUGAAGAGUCCGAUCAGCAUCAGCAGCAGUAGCAGAGGUAGCAAGCUUUGGCAGAGCCAGCAGCGAGCAAGAAGGAGCAAGCAGGGAGCAAGAAGAAGCAAGCAGGGAGCAAGCAGAAGCAAGAAGUGAGAAACAGAAGCAGACUGUGAGGAAAGCGAGGGGGCCAAGGAGGGGGGCGGAAGGAAAAGGGGGGAAUAAGGGGAUGCGUCGGCGGAUACGCAGGCGACUUAUCCGCCGCAAUCAAGGUGUGCUGCCGUAAGCGUGAAAAUCUCGUCCACGUCAUCGUCGUCCGCGUGUGUGUGAGAGAGAACACACACACAAAGAGAGAGAGAGAGAGAGAGAGAGAGAGAGAGAGAGAGAGAGAGAGAGAGAGAGAGAGAGAGAGAGAGAGAGAGAGAGAGAGAGAGAGAGAGAGAGAGAGAGAGAGAGAGAGAGAGAGAGAGAGAUGACGAUGUAUUCGACGCAUCAUAACAUAGCGGGGCCGGAGACGAGGAAGAGGAAGGUGGCAUAUUUUUACGACCCCAACAUUGGCAAUUACUAUUACGGGCAGGGGCAUCCGAUGAAGCCUCAUAGGAUCCGAAUGACCCACAGUUUGCUGCUUCAUUAUGGGUUGUUUAACAUGAUGGAGGUUUUCACCCCUCACCCUGCUGAUAACAAGGACAUGUGUCGUUUUCACGCCGACGACUAUGUGGAGUUCCUGCGCACCGUCUCCCCUGAGAAUCAGCACGAUCAUCUCCGCGAGCUCAAGCGCUUCAACGUUGGCGAAGACUGUCCCGUUUUCGAUGGCCUGUUCCAGUUCUGUCAAGCCUACACUGGCGGCUCCAUCGGCGGCGCCGUUAAGCUUAACCGUGGUCAUUCCGACAUCGCUAUCAACUGGGCAGGUGGUCUGCACCACGCCAAGAAGUGUGAAGCUUCUGGAUUCUGCUACAUCAACGACAUCGUUUUGGCCAUUCUUGAGCUUCUCAAGUAUCACGCCCGAGUGCUUUACAUCGACAUUGACAUUCACCAUGGUGAUGGAGUGGAGGAGGCAUUCUACACGACGAACAGGGUGAUGACGGUCUCGUUCCACAAAUUUGGGGAUUACUUCCCUGGUACCGGAGAUUUGCGGGAUAUCGGUUAUGGGAAGGGAAAGUAUUAUUCCCUGAAUGUUCCCCUCAAAGAUGGCAUGGACGACGAGAGUUAUCACUGCAUGUUCAGGCCGAUCAUCAGGAAAGUCAUGGAGGUGUUUCAACCUGGUGCCGUGGUUAUUCAGUGCGGGGCUGAUUCCUUGUCCGGAGAUAGAUUAGGAUGCUUCAAUCUUUCUGUGAAGGGCCAUGCGGACUGUGUCAAGUAUGUGCGGUCUUUCAAUGUCCCUCUCCUCGUGCUCGGCGGUGGCGGCUACACGAUCCGCAAUGUUGCUCGAUGCUGGUGUUACGAGACUGGUUGUGUUCUUGGAGUUGAGCUGGACGAUCUCAUGCCGCCGAAUGAAUACUUUGAGUAUUAUGGACCAGAUUACCAACUCCACGUGAAGCCCAGUAACAUGGAGAACAUGAACGACAAACCAUACCUCGAUAUGAUCAGGAAUACUCUGCUUGAGAAUUUGGGAAAGAUUGUUCCGGUUCCCAGCGUCCCAUUUUAUGAGAGACCACCAGACACAGAAUUUCCUGAUGAGGAGGAAGAAGAUCCUGAUGUUCGGGGGAGGGAUCGGUUCUACGAGGGGGAACUUUCAGACUCAGAGGAUGGGCGGAGACCACAUCAUCACCAUCGCGUGUCAGAAUCGUCAGGAAUUGAGAGAGAUGGAGGAAGAAGGCAGUUGCCAGCAAGGAGGGAGAGAACAGAGCGAUUGGAACGAGCAGAGCGGUUGGAGCGGGCAUCGGUGGUGCGAGUGAAAAAAGAGGAAGACGAGAUGGGGCCAAUUCCUGUGCAGGAUGAGAGUGGAGCGGAUGAAGGUGUAGCAGCUGCUCCAGGUCCUUGUGAUGAUGGUGACGAUGAAAUGGAGGCUGCCUGGAUCUCAAUCGGGAUGUGCCAGGCAUGUGGCCUCGAUGGCGGUCGCGGAGGAGGUGCCCCACAUGUGGCCGCGAUGGCGGGCACAUGUUGCAAUGAAUACGAGGAGGGGAAUGAUGACUGGGCAAAGGAAGAUGACAAGGAGAACGAGGAGGAGGAGGAGGAUAACGAAUCUAUGGAGUGGGAGGAGGACGAUGAGGAGGAGGAGGAGGAUGACGGUGACAAAUGGGAGGAGCGGGAUAACGACUACCCGUUAACCGCUUGUGUCGAACGCGCAUCACAAAAAGAUGUGCCUGGUGUGCUGAAAAGCACACAGGGUGACGACAUGGAGCUGGAGAAGGAGGUGGAAGAUGGAGAUGUGCACAUGCAGGAUACUCAGGAACCAGCCGCUUGCGCGACAUCGUCUCUGCCAAGUGCGGUAGGUGGCCUGCAAGCGCAUUCAAGGGAGAGGGAGGUGGUCCUAACCCGAGGGGAAGCCGGGGAACACCAAAGUGGUCACACUGGGGGCAGCAAUGGAGAGUCGUUGGGCGCAAUGGGACCUCAUCAUUCACAUGGGACUGCAGCAGGACCAGCGUGUGGUCCCGGAAUGGCACCUGAUCCCUAGUUUUUGACCGGCCUCCUGGUUUGGGUCUCUUACGUAAACGAACUCUGCCAGGUGAGAGCCAGGUUGGUAGUAGAUUAGUGGUAGACGUAGGGACGACGAAGAGGAGAGCGUCAAAGGCUGGGUUUUAUUGUGUGAGAUGUGGAGAGGAAGGGUGUGUGUGUGACAAGCAGCAGAUGGAAAGGACAAUGUAUGCAUUUUUGUAGGUUUCCUUCCGCUGAUGUCAGGUGUCAGUCCUACAGUACUGUCAGGUCCCAACUGAUGGUUGUAGUGGGUGGGAGAAAUUGUAGAACGACAUUAUUCGUGUAUGCCGUGGCAGUGUAUUCUUGUGGUGGUCAUUCACAUGCAUUUGGUUUGCAUGCUACAGGCGAGCACUGAACAGGGAAGGUAGUGGAGGUGUGGGGACGGGAGAAGAGGGGGAUGGGAUGAUGAGGUCCGAAGGGAAAGAUUGGGGGGGGUGCGGCGGGGGGGGGGGGGGGGGGGGGGGGGGAAAGGGGGGGGGGGGGGGGGGGGGGGGGGGGGGGGGGGGGGGAGGAGCCAUGUGGAAGAGAAGGUGGAAGCGCAUGUGCGAGUGCCUGUAUGUGUACGUGUAUGUCUGUGCGUAGACAAGGGGAGGGAGAGCAUCCCAUGUAUGCGUCAACGUCUGUACAUGUCUUUGCGUCAAAAGGCUCGUGAUUUGUGAAAUAAUCAUCUUGCUCUGUGCAGGUCGUGUCGGUGUCUUUUCGUUCCCUUUUUUUGUUUUUGUUUUUCUCUCUCUGUCUCUCUCUGAGGGGUGGGAAGUGUUGGAAUUCUUGCAAUUUUUAGCGCUCAUGCGGGUCCGGUGAUCGUCAUUCAUGUCGUGCGAGGAUCAGGGCGUCUCGACUCUCAAGACAAUUCUACAGAUAGAUUAGUUGGACAUUAGGUGUGCACAAUUAUUAGUGGGAAAAAGGCGGUGAGACGUGAGGGAAAUGGGAUGUGCGGCAGUGUGUCCAGAUUCGAUGAAUGUUGAGAAAAUCAUGCUGCUUGUUUAUGUAUGCUGCUUGUUUAUGUAAGUGGCAUGUGUGGUUGGUCUUGGCUUUGAGAGAGGAGGAGGAAGAAGAGAAGAAAAGGGCGGAAAGGGGGCGGAGGUGUUGUUUUUUAACCUUUUUUGAAGUUUUUCAUCAUUUCGAAUUUUUAGAAAAGUGUUCAGGCUGGAAUUUCAGAACCACCGACUCAUUGUAAAUGACAUUGAAAUGACAUUGAAAUGACAUUGGGAAAAAAAAAAAAAAAAAAAAAACAUUGAAAUGAUUGUGAGAGUAUAAUAGGCCUCUCUCCUCUUCUUCUUUCCGAAACCUGUGUGCAGGGGUAGGUAGGGGACUCGGGAGGGAGAGGGGACAUUGACAAGGGGGAGCGCUCAGGCUGGAGUCUGAGACUGCUGACUCGUCGUAAAUGGCAUUGAAACGAUUGUGAGAGAGUAUAGGCCUCUCUCUUCUUUCUGAAACCUGUGUGUGCAUUGUCCACCUUUUUCGUGCAUUUGCCGGUUUCACGAACGCGACGGCGGAGUACGGGCGAGAGAGCGCACGACAUCGCUCCACGCCACUACGUGAACAAUUUGUAGCAGGAGGAAGCAGAAUGAAAAGAAAAGAAAAUU